AUGACGUUGCCGACGCUGACAAGGCAGAAUGCUAAUAUUUGCAUAUACCCACGAACGUCUCAAGUGACGGUCACAGGCUCCGAAAACAUCACGGAAUAUCGCUUCGAGCGGAAGUUCACGGGCCAUCGAUUUUGCAAGAUAUGUGGCGUCCAGAUGUACAUGAAACUCCACGGUCCGCCGAAGGAACUUCUGGAUACGUGGUCGCCGGAGAGACAGCGAAUGGUCCAGGACAAGGUCGACAUUGUCCCCGUCCGGUGUCGAGGCUUUGACGGGAUCGAGUGGUCUGAAGAUCAGGUUGAGAGGAGUAAUGUGGGUACGGACGGUUAUGACCCUCGCUGA